UUGCGUGCUCCCCCCCGCAGCUGAUUGGUCGAACCGGUUCGUGCCUCGUUUGUGCGCCGAUCCGCAACUUUUAUCCGCUGGGCCCGCGUGCGCGUCGCCCCCCGGGCGGUUCCCGCAGCGCUCGCUCGUUGACUGUUAAAGGAAUACACAUUUAAAAAAGAAAAAUGGAGUUCGCCAUGGUGGGUGCGGACGGCGGCUGCAACAGUCACCCGCCUUACGGAUAUGCCCAAGCGCGGGCGCGGGAGAGGGAGCGCCAGGCUGCCCAGACGCGAGCUGCGGCGGCGGCUGAAGGUGGCUCCGGUGAGGAAGGAGGUUCCUCCACCUCCUCCUCCCCCUCCUCCUCCUCCCCCAGCGCUCAUCUCCUUAUCAACCGUCAGCAUCAGUCUCACGCCGCCUCCAGCAGCAGCGGUACCGCCUCCUCCUCCUCCUCCUCCUCCUCCUCCUCCUCCUCGCAGCACCAGCAGGAGCCCGUGCAGCAGCAGCAGCAGCAGCAGCAGCACAGAGUUCUCAGAGAGCGGAAAAAGCAGCGCGGCGUCGGACGGUGGAGACGCAGCCGGAACUCUCUCGGCGGGGACCUGCGCCACUCGGAGCUGGCGCUGCUCGGAUCCGAGGAGGACAUGAUGAUAGAGGAGGAGGAGGAGGAGGAGGACGAGGAGGCCGAUGAUGAGGUGGCGCGGGACCCGGGGAGCAAGAGGUCGAGCUUUCUGUGCACCGUGGACGACGAGGAGGAGACCGCCUCGCUCACGGACCGGCGCCCGCACUCCGGCUACGAGAGCGCGUACAGCGAGUUCGGCUGCUGCGAGAGGGUCGUCAUCAACGUGUCGGGUCUCAAGUUCGAGACUCAGCUCAAGACUCUGGCGCAGUUCCCGGACACCCUGCUGGGGGACCCGGACCGGCGGAUCCGGUACUUCGACCCGCUGAGGAACGAGUACUUCUUCGACCGCAACCGGCCGAGCUUCGACGCCAUCCUCUACUACUACCAGUCGGGCGGGCGGUUGAAAAGACCCGUGAACGUGCCCUUCGACAUCUUCUCCGAGGAGGUGAAGUUCUACGAGCUCGGGGACGAGGCCAUACUCAAGUUCCGGGAGGACGAGGGCUUCGUGAAGGAGGAGGAGAAGCCUCUGCCGAAGGACGAGUUCAAGCGCCAGAUCUGGCUGCUCUUCGAGUACCCGGAGAGCUCGAGCCCCGCCAGGGGGAUAGCGGUGGUGUCCGUGCUGGUCAUCGUCAUCUCCAUCGUCAUCUUCUGCCUGGAGACGCUGCCGGAGUUCAGGGACGAGAAGGAGUACCUGCAGCCGCGGGUCAACUCCACGCAGCCGGACCACGGGUUCACUCCUUUCAACGACCCGUUCUUCCUCGUGGAGACGGUCUGCAUCAUCUGGUUCUCCUUCGAGUUCAUGGUGCGCUUUUACGCGUGUCCCAGCAAGGCGGAGUUCUUCAAAAACAUUAUGAACUCAAUAGACGUUGUGUCCAUUUUGCCUUAUUUCAUAACCCUCGGCACGGACCUGGCGCAGCACCAGGAAAACGGGCAGCAGGCGAUGAGCUUCGCCAUCCUGAGAAUAAUCCGCCUGGUGCGCGUGUUCCGCAUCUUCAAGCUGUCCCGCCACUCCAAGGGGCUGCAGAUCCUCGGCCACACGUUGCGCGCCAGCAUGCGGGAGCUGGCCCUGCUCAUCUUCUUCCUCGUCAUCGGGGUCAUCCUGUUCUCCAGCGCGGUGUACUUCGCCGAGGCGGACGAGCCCACCUCGCAGUUCACCAGCAUCCCCGACGCCUUCUGGUGGGCCGUGGUGACCAUGACCACGGUGGGCUACGGCGACAUGAAGCCCAUCACCGUCGGCGGGAAGAUCGUGGGCUCGCUGUGCGCCAUCGCCGGCGUGCUGACCAUCGCGCUGCCGGUGCCGGUCAUCGUGUCCAACUUCAACUACUUCUACCACAGGGAGACGGACAACGAGGACCAGACGCCGCCGCCGGUGGUCGAGAGCCUCCCGCCGGGCUGCCCGUAUUUUCCGGACUUUUUCCGGAAAUUUAGAGGCUCGCCCUCCGGCUCCUCGCUGGGCGACAAGGCGGAGUACAUGGAGAUGGAGGAGGGGGUGACGGAGUCGCUGUGCGGGCUGGACAAGAGCCCCAGUAAAGGAAACGGCACAGACAUAGGCAGGAAAAACAGCACGAACUCCAAAUCCAUUCAGACUGACGUGUGACUGCAAGAGGUUCGCCUUUGCCCACCCUCCUAAACCCCCCACUCCUCCUCACCCCUUUGUUUCUUAGCAAAAGCAAACGCUCCAUAAAGAUACCCAAGGUGGUGCGAAACCACACGUUUUACGCACGCGUCUCAGACCCGAACACGCACGCACGAAACCAAGGCGCACGCUCACAGGUCACCGAUCGGCAAGUCACACGUCCGCCUCACUAUGGUUUUCAGCCCAAACCCCCCCCCCCCCCCCCGCGACGUUUAGGAACAAUUAGGAUCGAUAUCGGACUGAUUUAGUCGACUGACCUCUGCGGGCUUUUGAUUCUGAUGCUGACGGCUCCGACCAACAGCAUUCGCACUUUAAGGGGUUCCACCUGUCAAUAACAGGAAGAGGGAGGGGGUUGAUUUGUUUUGCUCUUAUGCAAUAAAGUUAAAAUACGUUACAUUUUUGCACUAAUGUUGAAGUUGGCGCCGAGUUUGGCUGGUUUCGGUGACAGAGCCCGGGGCUGCAGGCCAUGGAACGUGGCACUAGUUUAGUCGUCCUCUGACCACUUAGCUGAGGAAUGUUGGAGGAACUUCUUUGGGGAGAGGAAACUAACAAUAUUAAAAAAAAAAAAAAAAACCUCUCCGGCGCUGCCAGUGAAAAUUGGACUCCAAUAAAGGAAAAAGUCAGAGAUGCAUAACUUUGGCGAGGGAUCCAACACUAAAAAGAACUCAUGGACAAAGACGCAGCAAUUGGCAGCCAUAAAAAAACGGGGCUAUAAUUAUUUCUGACAUAUACACGAAUACACUUUUUUUCCCCUCUUUUUCCAACACGAAAAGCCUUGUGUCGUCGAGCUAAGCACAGGAAACAUCAGAACAAACACAUGGAUAAAGGACCCCCCCCCCCUCUGCUUUAUUUUGAAUAUGACAAUAUCCCUUUACACGGACGCAGCAAAAGGACUUUGCUGUGGAAACCCAUCGGAUGGGGGUGAGGGGUGAGGGGUGAGGGGGGGGGUGGAGGUCACCAGCGACUUCCCCUCUUGUGCACAAAGUGUUUUUUGUUGUUGUUUUUUCCACUCAAGAGGACUACGUGAUUACCUCCGAGCUCAGCGGACCCCCCCCCCGCGACGUGGACGUCUUCCAAAAGCGCUUCCUGUUACGGGGGAGAAGGAGUACCGACCGCCUCCGUCCCCCCCCACCCGAGCCGCCUCCACCCACGAUGCCCCCGCUUCCCCCCCACUGCAACCUCAUCUCUGGAAAUCGCAGAGAGCAAAGUACAACAUUGUGACUGGUUCACCUCCAAGCACGAGCUGGGACUGAAAAAACUAAGGAAAGUGAAGCACCGAGGAGCAGACCGGACCACUCGGAACCCCCGGGGGGGGGGCGGGGAGACCGGUGUUGCGAACGAGUAAGUCGUGGCCCAAAAUGAUUGCCUUAAUUACUACGCAUACGCUGAUGUACCAAGUGAUGAAACUAAGAGACUUAUAGUUCAGACGUGUUUUCUUUACAUGUGAAAAAAUAAGUGUCUUGUGAGGAGCAGACGUGGAUAUUUUAAUAUGAUAGAAAUAACGUUUUGGUUGUAACGUCGACAUAAUGUUUUAGUUGGGUCGGCUUCGUAGUUGUCGUCGGUCACUAAAUGGUGAGUUCGCCCUCUGCUCGUCAGCAGUACGACUUUAUCUAUUUUUUAUCUCGUUUCAUAUCGUCAACCAAACGACGAGUUGGAGCCGACUCGCUCUCUCGAAAACGCCGGUGAGAAACUCUUUGAUUCACACGGCGUCACAACACACGAAAACCCUCAUUCAGCACGAGCACAGAGGGCCGGGAGACGAGACAUCCAUCCUGAUAUCGAUGUAUCCUCAUAUACAUACAUAUAUAUAUAUAUAUAUAUAUAUAUGUAUACCUGGGACUGGCGUGGCUCAAUGCGACGCGCUGAAAUACAUCAGAAGAAUAUCCUCUUACAUUAAGAUCCACUUACACAGAAGCAAAGAUGUCAGGCACAUUAAGACCAUGGUAAAUAUCUGCCACACUCACUUUCUACCCGAAAAGCAGCGGGUGGAACUCGCCGGGCUUUUUAACCGUCAAGAUGAAAUACCUUUAGGUUUCUUUUCUCAGAUGCAAAUUUAGAGCUGACCAGCUGCUUUGUUGAUAUGUUUUCACUUUAACUGUAUGCAAAAGUAACAUGGACGUGUGUUAUAUAUUUUUUUAAAACCUAGCCUUGAUAAUUACAUAACCAAAGGUGAAACCCUGAAUUUAUUGUAUGUUGUGGACUUCUGGAAAAUGUUGUGAUAGACGCACACUGAAUAGGAAAAGAAAUGUAAAUAGCCGACAUUUAUACUCGUGUGUCCUACGAUGUGUUGCAGAUAAGAGUCAUUUGAGACUUUAUACUUUCUUUGACUGUUAUGACCAUCGACCAUUGUCAUCUCUGUCCUCGCUGACACGGCCGUGUUGUUGUGAGUGCUGCAUUUUGGCGGGUUUCUCUCUUCUUUUUUUCAUUCGGCUCAUCAAUGGAAGGAUUAGAAGUUGCCGGUAAUUUAGCCUUCGGAAGUAGUAAAUAUCACGUAUGUGGAUGAACACAAUGCUGUAAUGGCACUGGAUCUUCUGUCUUUUGCCUCCUUCUAAAAAAAAAAAUCCAAAUUCAUUUAGCUUUUUUGUCCAAAAAUUAUUACCUCAAUACUGGAAUCCCUCAGAAACUAACUACUGAACUAAACACAAAAUAACCACAACCGAAUCAAAUAGAUGUCGACAGUUUACUUGGGAAAUCCUUAUAGGGAGGCGGUUUUUAUCCUCAAGGAGUAGAUAGAAAUGACGUUUUUCAUUUCAUUUCACAAGGAGAAUACCAGAAUACGCCGUUGGUCCAAAACAAUAAAUGUACGAGAGAAUGAA